CAGACGCAACUGAGGUGGAGGAAGUUCACCUGUGCGCUGGCGCUUUUGGAAAACAUCCACCUGCCUCCCCACUCUGCCAGCUUGAACCACUUUGUCAUUCUCUUCUAUCUUUUCCUGAUCAUCACUUCUUUUUUUACCAAACAGUUUUUUCUUAAACCGGACAUGGAGUAUUAGAUCCGCGUCUUUUUGGAGAACAGAGGUCGCCUGUGUUUGUUUCCUCCUCCAGGAGCUGGAGAGAUGCCCCGCGGGGCAGGAUGUGCUCCAGCCGUAAGAUCUUAUGGAGCUUACUCGUGCUCUCCUUGGUGGAAGUGGGUUUGGGAGUAGCGAGUAUCGUCCUGGGCGCCGUGGGCAUCAGCUGGGUUCGAGGGGAGCACAAGCCGCGGCAGGGCGACGCGUCUCCGGUCUGGAGUGGACUCUGUUUUCUGGUCUGUGGGAUAUGUGGAGUGCUCUGUGCCCGGAGGAGAACAGGUCUUAUUAUGAUCCUCUUUUCUGCGUGCUGCAUCUGUGGGCUGAUUGGAGGGAUUCUCAACUUCCAGUUUGUCCGGGCUUUGAGCAAACAGCCCAGCAAAAUGCAUCUGGCUGCCAUGACUUUGGCCUGUCUGGGUAUCUCCUCCUGUACCUUAUCAACAUGGUUGACCUGUCGGCUGGCCAGCUCUGAGCAACAGAGGAUGUUCAUGGAGAGGGAGCACUCGCUGCACCACUCGCAUGAGAUGACAGAGAAGGAGGUUCUCGACAGCUCGAGUAACGGCGUUCCUCAGAUCUCCUAUAAUGGACACAUUGCCGCUUCACCGUGACGAUUUGUCACAAGAGGCCACUUGCUCCCACUGAAACAGACAUUUACUGAAAUACCUGCUGUCAGAUGGUAGAGCCAGCUGUACAGUCCUGUACCCUGACUGUACACGAACCAGGUUUUUCUUCUCUUGGAACUUCCUUUUUGCUUCCAAAAGGAAGUCAGACAGCAUGACCAAGGCUUUCGUGCUUCUAAAUUAUUAUGCAAACGUGGGUUCACGUGGACCCUCUGUUCAACUCAAACCAAAGCCAGGCUGACGAGAAGAUAAACAUCUGCAUCUGAGUCUGACCCCAACGACGAAGACGUCUUUGUGAAAGCACUGAGCACAAUGUAAGCAUGCAGCUCAUCCAUAUGUUUGAAAGAGUUUCUAUGUUUCUACCUGACAUUCUUUCACUUCUACUAAAGAGUAAUGAAAUGCAGCUUGCAAUAACCAACAGUAAACUGUACGUAUGAUCUGGAAAUGGAACGCAUAGAUGUGAAAAUAGAGUAAAGCUCUAUGAAAUGCUCUGUAUAUCUUCAGGUAACUAUAAAUCAAACAUAUUUUUUUAAUGCUUCUUAAAAAAUUUAUUCAAAUAAAGUAUGAAUAACCUGAACUGGA